GAGAGGGAGACGCUGGUGCUCGGUGAGCGCGAGCGCAGACAGAGCUCGGUCGCACAUCAACAGGAGACUCAGACAGCGCGCGCACACACACACACACACACACACACACUUCUACAGAUCGGCACACGCACGUACAUAUACGCGCGCUCUAGAAAUCAUCAUCAGAGCACUCCAGAAGAAGAAAAAGAAGAAGACAGAAACUCAUUUCUUCAUUCAGAGGAUUCAGCAAGAAGCGCACCCUGCCACGAGACGCGAGAAGUUCACGGCUGGCUGUCAGUGCGCCCCAGAGCAUCAGAGGUCACCUGCUCGUGCCCACCGCCUUUGAGAUGAUGGUGCUGACGGUCCUGCUGCUCUUUGGGCUCACGGUUCACGGAGCGCUUGCCAUGUUUUCCCAGCAGCCCCAGGACUUGGUAGUAGUGGCUGGACAACCGGUCACUCUGCCUUGCUCCAUUCCUGGCUAUCAUGGUGUUGUGCUGUGGAUCAAAGAUGGCCUGGCUUUGGGCGUUGGACGAGACCUUUCAGGUUAUCCUCGUUACACUGUAAUUGGAGAUCACAGUUCUGGAGAACACCACCUGAGGAUACAGAGGGUUGAGCUAGCGGAUGAUGCUGUGUUUGAGUGCCAGGCCAUCCAGGCUGCCAUGAGGUCUCGACCUGCUCGACUCACGGUUUUGGUUCCACCAGAUAACCCAGUUAUUGAUGGAGGCCCUGUGGUGAGUCUGAGAGCUGGAGAUCCACUCAACCUGACGUGUCACGCUGACAAUGCCAAGCCUGCCGCGUCCAUCAUCUGGAUUAGAAAUGGGGAGGUGCUAAAUGGAGCCAUGUACUCUAAGACACUUCUUCGAGAUGGCAGGAAGGAGAGUACAGUCAGCACUCUGUACAUUUCACCGUCCAACAUCGAGUCGGGACAGACAAUCAUCUGCCGUGCAUCGAACAAAGCUGUCCCUAAUGGAAAAGAGAGCAGCGUCACUAUUGACAUCCAGCACUUACCACUGGUAAACCUCUCUGUUGAACCCCAGCCAGUGUUGGAAGGAAAUCUGGUGAAGUUCCACUGCUCUGCUAAAGCCAAUCCACCAGUCAGUCAGUACAGGUGGGCUAAAGGAGGUCACGUGAUUAAAGAAGUCUCUGGAGACACCUAUGAAGUUGUAGUGGACCACUCCUUCUUUACAGACGCCGUUUCCUGUGAGGUCACCAACCCUCUCGGGAGUACAAAUGUCAGCCGCAAUGUGGACGUCUACUUUGGUCCUCGGAUGGCUGCAGAACCACAGUCCCUGCAGGUGGACCUGGGAUCAGAUGCCGUGUUUAAUUGUGCUUGGACUGGAAACCCAUCACUCACGAUCGUGUGGAUGAAGAGAGGCUCUGGAGUGGUGCUGAGCAACGAGAACAUCCUGACUUUAAAAUCAGUGAGGCAAGAGGAUGCUGGGAAAUAUGUCUGCCGUGCUGUGGUGCCUCGAGUCGGGGCUGGAGAGAAGGAGGUUGCGCUUACAGUGAACGGGCCUCCGACCAUCUCCAGCACUCAAACACACCAGGCUCCACAUGGAGAGAAAGGCCAGAUCAAGUGUUUCAUCCGCAGCACUCCUCCGCCCGACCGCAUCGCCUGGUCAUGGAAAGAGACAGUCCUCGAGUCGGGCACAUCCGGCCGCUAUACAGUUGAGACGGUGAGCACCGAGGACGGCGUCCUGUCCACCCUGACCAUGAGCAACAUCGUCCCUGCUGACUUCCAGACCAUCUACAACUGCACUGCCUGGAACAGCUUCGGCUCCGACACGGAAAUAAUUCGCCUCAAGGAACAAGGUGGGAUCCAAGGCGGCUAUCAUUUGUUGUCCGCAGAGUCUCUGCCCGUGGCUGUGAUUAUCGGCGUGGCAGUGGGGGCUUUCGUCGCCUUCAUCGUCCUCAUCGGCACCAUCGGGGCCUUCUGCUGCACACGCUCUCAGAGAAAAGACGCUCACCUGGUUAUGCCCUCCCUCCCUGCCUCGAUCUGUGCUCAGCAGAGAGAACUUUCCAGCAAAAUUAAAACAGAAAACCUCAAAGGCGUCGUCUCGACCAAGAACGAUAUCCGCGUGGAGAUUGUCCACAAGGACCACAAUGCCGCACGGGAAAAUGAGGACCAUGCCGCCAUGAAGCAGCUCAUGAUUGAACGUGGAGAAUUCCAGCAGGAGUCUGUUCUCAAGCAGCUGGAGGUCCUGCAGGAGGAGGAGAAAGAAUACCAGCACAUCAAGGAUCCCACCAACGGCUACUACAGUGUGAACACCUUCAAGGAGCACCACGGGACUCCCACCAUCACGCUGGCUAGCACCCACAAUAACACCGAACUGCGGCGUGAAACCUCCACGGGCAAACAGCGAGUACCCACAGGCAUGUCCUUCACCAACAUCUACUCAACCAUCGGUGGUGCGCCCAACCCUCGCUUGUACGAGUACGGAGGACGAUUCGUCCUGGGCACAGGCAGCAGCUCCAUCGAGCUGUGUGAGCGCGAGCUGCAGCAGCGUGCCUCCCUCAGCGACUCGGGUUCCUUCAUGGACACGCAGUGUGACAGCAGUGCCAGCAGCUACGCACACUUUGACAAGGACAGCAAGGCCUCAGCGUCAUCCUCGUCACACCAUUCGCACUCGUCCUCGCAGAACUCGGACCUGACGCGACCUCUGCAGAAGCGCAUGCAGACUCACGUGUGAUAACAUCGUGUCAUACUGCAACGAUGUCCGGAAGCAGAUCAAGCACACAUGCUCUCUUUUUCUUACUGUUUUUGUCUCAGUGACGUCAUAUUAAGGACCUUGCAGCUGCAAAUACAGCUUUGGGAAAGUCUUUGUGGUUCCAUAUGCGGACGAGUCAAUUACCCUGAACUGAGAAGAAGCACCUCCAGUGUAGUACUAGUAAGAAUCGUCUCAGCUACUGUACAAAACGCCAAAUCAGGAUGACACAAAAUGACAAAACACAUGCAACAUGUGGACAAGCAAAUCCUAAAAGCAUGGAGGUCUACAAAACAUGAACAGACUCUACAGUGCCGUCGACACCUCCAGUCCAUGAUGCCUUUGGCAGCAUCAGAAAGACAACAUCCUGAUUCUUUAGUCUUCUCUUGCUCUGUUGUAGAGCAGACCUGUCUAAGUGAGUGUGUAUUAUUUGACAGUAACUCUCUUUUCCCUUUCCCCACAGCUAUGACUUUUACUUCAGUGUGGAUGGAAACUUAUAAAAAAAGAAAAAAACAACAAAAAAAAACCCAGACUUAAUCACUGUCAGUCAAUACAGUUGGAUUCCAGUCCUCCUGGAUCCACAAGAUAUAUAUCUCUCGGCCAUUCUGAGAAUAUCUGUACAUUAUUCAUAUAUAUAUAUUUUUUAUUUCUUUCCUUGCUGUCUUUUGUCAGUCUGAUGGUAUGUUUUCUUCUCUCUUUCGCGAUUGUUGACUUUGCUGACCUUAACGAGGACGAUUUGAUCCUUUCUAACUAAGACGAUUUGAAAUGCACAGGAUGUUUUGGCCAUAAAGUAGGAACAAUGCAAAUAUUUUUCCGCUACUUUGUUAAAAAAAAAAGAAAAAGAAAAAAAGCUCAGACUCGGUGUGUGACGUGACACGCAUUUGGUCUCGACGAAACCUCGUAUGUACCAGUGACACGAUCUACAAUAUAUACGCUAAUGACCUUCGUGUGGCUUUUAAGUCUUAGUAUAUAGUCACAUUGUUUACACUGACUGAAAGAGAUUGACGGCUGAAGACCCCCAGGACGGAGGGAAAACAUUCCAUCUGCUCUCCACAGCCUUCAGACUGCACUGCAGUACACCUGCUCACUGUUUUAAGUGAACUGUCUGCACACUGAGAUGUACCAUUGAGACUCUGGUUUUAUUCUAAAAUUUGUUUGUACGAUGUUUGCUCUUUAUUUUUCUUUUUUUUCUUUUUUUUUCAGUUGAGAGCACUUAAAGUUACUACUGAUUACACACACGAGCACCUGUACAGAUGCACUGUACAAAAAAAAAAAAAAGAGCCAAAUGCAGAGCAGGAAGUAGUACGGAGAUGUGCAAUGCAUGAUGCAUGCCAGGUGGAGGCAGACGGAGGCAAGCAGGUGCUGUUUGGUACGAUUACAGCCUCAUCUACAUGAUAUGUAUAUGUAUUACACACACUGUUUUGCCUGUGAGGCUUCGAGUAGAAGAAUUUCCAAGUUUCUGAUAAGGCAAGGACACCAGAUAAGGAUACACAGGAAACUCUUUUUUGUCAGCUGGAUUAACUCGUGUGCAGCGUGAGAACUCGGAUCAAACAGGGCAUAAAGUGAUAGCUACUGGGGGUUGGAUUAGUAAUAAAAAUAAUAAUAAUUGUAAAUGUAGUCAGCUAGUCACAUUUUCCAUAGCUAAAACAAUAUAUAUAUAUAUAUAUAUAUAUAUAUAUAUAUAUAUAUAUAUAUAUAUAUAUAUAUAUAUAUAUAUAUAUAUAAAUAAUCACUUUUUUGGCUUUUUCAGCAUCAACUAACACAUAACCACAAUCACCAACUGUACAGAGACACUACACUUGCUUCCUUCCUGCAUGGUUCCAAUCAGUGCAAUAAAUGUCCACUUAACACUAUUUUAAGGCUGUGAGCACACAGCAUGGAAGCUUGUGUCCAUCAAAACAACCCUUCAUUAUAGCUCAAUCACCAGCUUUCCUUCUAUGUCAAGUGUGAUGUCCAGAGCAGCCACUGGGAGCUUUCUCCAAGCUGAUGAUCUGGGAGUUAUUUAGCUUUGACCCCAGCAGUAUUCGGAAAAUAUUUUGUGGGAGUUGAACUGACUAGUGAUGUGCAACCAGUGGCUCUGAAAACUCUCCCUUACAACGCUGAUCUUGAAGGAAUUGAUUAUGCCACAAUUGAGAAAAAGAAAAAAAAAGGAAGAAAACAUAUCUAGAUGCAAAAUACUAAUGAUAGCCAUUCAUUAAAAUAAAUAAAAGAACAAUGUGCUGUUGACUGUAGAGCUUUUAUUUUUUCAAUCUGAUUUAUUUACUAUCUGUCUCGCUGUUCAACAAGUCAAUUAGCACAUUGCAACCCCUAGUAGCUAGACACCUCAGUGUGGAAAAGUUACCUGAACAUUACACUGGAUAUUUAUCAAUGACCGAAUCAUGUAACAACUUCAUGCCCAAUUGAAACCUCUCACAUUCCAAAUGUUAGCAUUGCUCCAAUGUACAUAACCUCAAGAAAACCAUCGUCAAUAGUUCAUGUGUCGAUAGAACAUUAGUGGUCGGAACGGUCAAGGGUGAUACAAUUCUGUUUACUUUAAAAGGUGAUAUGAUUAAACAUAUUUGUGUUUACUCCAGUCAUCACUGUAAAACAACCUCGCUCCAUGACAACACAAUCGUGACAUUGUUGUAGAUAACGAAGCUAAAUCAAGUUCAUCAUGUAUAGAAAGUGGGAGUGGGAGAUUUCAGUGCAUCUCUAUGGAGACUGGGAAAGAAAACUGAGCGGCCAGGAUGUGUGGGCUCACAAUUAUAUAUAUAUAUAUAUAUAUAUAUAUAUAUAUAUAUAUAUAUAUGUUUCACAAUCAACAGUUAGUGUGAAUUAAACCGCUGAUUAAAACAGAAGCAAAUCUGCUUUAGAGACAGUGAGAAUCAACCCUCAGUCUGCGCGCACUUAUAAAACAUUCCCAACCGUGUACAUCAUCUGUGCAGCUUGUGAAACAUGUUGUUUUUCUUACUGUUUAACUUUGUAGAGGUUUAGACCAUUCAGAGCUCAACUCUAGCACUGGAGUCAAGAACAGUUUAAUUCACCAACCAAACCUGGUAAUUAACUGAGUAGUUGAAUCGGUUAUCUUUAAGCAGGGAAAUCACUGAACUGUGUAGAUUUUGUGUUUCCAGAGCUGGAAUUGUAGACUUCAUGGCCUAGUGUUGGGCCACAGCCUAUAAUUCAGUGGCUCAAACCAAACACUUGAAAAAUACUUCAGCAGAACCAAUUAACACGUAGAAACAAAAUGGAUGUAGUAAACAAAACAUGAACCACUGAGACUGCUGUAGCAGAUCAUCUGUCGCUGUUAAUUUAUGUAAAUGAUUUACUUGAGCAUUAAUAAUGUUUCAUAAAUUAUCCUCCCUGGAUUGAAGGUGAAGUGAUGUGAAGUGAAGUGACACAGCUCAGUUCAUGGAAGGUGUUUAAAGAGAAAUUGGACAGAAAAUCAACAAUGGUUGAGUAAAUGGAAGCAGUUAUAUUCUUAGGGUUUCUCAAGGGUUCUCUAGAUAGUUCUGGAUAUUUGGCCGAGAGAAAAGCCAGUUAGGGUUCUAGAUUUAUAUUUGCCUCCAGGAGUGUCUUGGUUUAUAUUCAGUAGAAUUCGACGACAUAGACAGCAAACCUGUUUCCAAAAUCAUUUUCCACUGUUCAAUUAAACAUAUAAAACAUUGAUAUGGUUUUUAUUAGUCUAUCUCCCAGCGUGCCAUCGUGAAGUGCAUUGUUAUAAUGGCUCGAGUGUUCAAUGCGCCAUCUGUGAAUGGGUCAUGAAAGACUUACGAAUGAAAUAAUAGAAAAUUGUAAAUCGUUACAGUUUAGAGUUCUUUCAGUCCAUUUUUAAUUCCAUCUGCUAUCAUCAGAUCAGUCAACCAAGCUAUUGAUCCAAUCAACCGUUUAGUUUCUGUUUAAAUCUUUUAAUGCUUUCUUUAAUAAAUCAAGUGCUAGAAUAGAUAAAUCAAGGGCUGUAAAUGCUUGAUCAAAGUGUUUCGCCAUCAGUUAUACAGAUGAUACGUUUUAUAAUCAGCUUAAAACUCGGACUGACCCUUUGCAGGUAGGUCAGGUAUCUUCUCUAUGGAGUAUGUGAACACCAUUACUGUAACAAUCGUACUGAGUCGUAACUCUACUCUGCUAACAAACCCAUCAUUAGGAGGAAGGGGAAGAGUGUACCUUGCUUAUUAGACCAUGUAAAACACUUCUCGGUCCUCACACCACUGCUCAGCUCAUGAAGAUCCUAAGAAUAACAGUGAAGAGGAACAAAAAAAAUUCUCACAGAAAUGUACAGUGCAUGAUUUCCAUCGUCAUUUUCCAUACUGUAGAGGUGGCAUUUAAGUCAAAUCAGCAUUCAGGGUGCAGGCACGAGAGAUGAGUCUUGAGUCGUCGUAAACACUUUACAUAGCAUUAUAUUUGCAUUUCUGUAAGCUUUUAUACAUGAGUGCUGUUGACUGGGUCUAAUUUUACAAAUGGAUUGGUGCCCACUGCAAGGCUUAAACAUAACGAGCCUGUUUCACUGCUGAUAAUACAGCUCACAGCUUUCCAUGCGCUCUAUAUGAAUCCCUAAUGCUCUCUGUAUAUAAUUUGCUGUUAUUUACCUUUCUUCUUUAGUUAGUUCGGAUAUUAGAAGGCAAAAUCGAAAUCUAAAUGUCAUUGACACUGUAUAGACAAUCAUUCUUUUUCUUUCUUUUUCUUUUUUUUUUUAUUGUAGUUUCAUAAGAGAAAGUGAACAAGGUGGAGCUGGAUAGUCUUAAAAAGAAACAUUUACAGAUCAUUUUCCUCAUGAAUUUCUUUUGUCUAAUUUCUUUACACAAUCCAUUACUGUAACUCAGAUGUUGGAAAAAUUGUACGUCUAUUAAACUAUUAACUACGAGUUAACCUUGAAUAGGAACACUUGAAUUCUAUCUUUCUUUCUUUUUUUCCCUGCAUGCACAGUGUACAGUGUUCUUGAAUACUGAAAACUGUGGAUUCAUUUGUUUGGUACAGCAAUUUCAUCUUCACGAAUCACUGAAGCUUGAAGCAGUACAUGUAGUUCAUGUCAUGAAACAACAUUAGCAUUUAAAAGGGUCCUUGUUUUAUCCACGCUGGAAUUGAAUUUUCCAAAAAAAUACCCAUUUCCUUUUUCUUUUCCUCCAUGGUCUCUUAUUAUCUUUACACUUUACUAAACUAUACAGUAUAUAUAUAUUUUAAGAUUCAUUACUGUACCUCAGAUAAUGGAAAAUUGUGUUAGUAAACCAUUAUUUAUGAAUGAUAUUAAUUCUCACUAAUUUGUUAAUUUUAUUACUAUACAUCCUAACAACCCCUAAGUCUCCACAGUGAAAAAGAGCAAACUUGGCAGAUGCUAAUUCUAUUUUCCAUAUGUGUAAUAUCUCUAUUUUGCACCAGAUCAGGUUGGGGUUAUCCGCUUCAAUUCUAACAAUUUGUUCAGUAAACUCAGCAAAUCCAGAGCUAUUGUUGAAUUGUUUCUCCUUUCCACCUCCAUCUUAAAAACUACUGAAAUCAUUCGUCAUGCUGUUCAUUGCAAUGCCAUUAAAUAUACCAUAACAGCACGUGAUAACACUGUGCACCAUAUAGAACACCUUCUACCGCUUAUACAACAUGAAAUAAGAAAUACCUAUGGCGUUAACUCUAAUACAGAGUGAGUGGAUUACGGAGCUGAUCUCCAUAUUGUUUAAAUAGCGUGUGUAUAUAUGUGUGUGUAUCUUGCUUAUCACACAAUGCCGGUGAGUUUAAUCCUGUCCAAAUGGGCAAUGAGUGAUUAUAUAAACUCGUCCAAGCCACACAGUCAGAUAAGGACGGUGAAGGUUAAAGCGCUGAAAACUUUUGGCUGCAUGUGGCCUGCAUGUCCUCACCAUUCUUGGAAAUAUUAUCCCCGCCAUUGAGCAUACAGAGUGAUGACUUGCUUGAAAUCUUGCUGUCCUGGUUUCUCCAUACAGUCUGUUCCAUGCUUUGCCAUCAUGGUGAGUCACUGAAGCUGAUGAGCGUGAGGCAUAGACAGGUCAUAUACUUGACUGGCUAGCUAGCUCUAUUUCUGGUCAUUUCUCUUCCCUAUAACUAUAGCUAAUAGAAAGAGAUAUAUUAUAUCUAUGAGUUGUGUUCUGGCAAGCUUGUUGAUUGUACCUUAUCAGAAAACAGAAAAUGGUAGUGUUGAUGAAUAAAGCAGGGUAUAAUUUUUGGCCUGGUUUUUAACAUGAAUUAUUUGUUCAUGAUUCAAGAUCAGCUGAAAUAUACCAAUAAAGUUGCCAGUUAUUGAUUAAAAUCAGAGUGUUAUCUUUGCUACGUCUGAAUUGUGUCUACAACUGGCAAAAACAGGCUUUUGCAAAUUUAACACCUGUCCUUCGGUCAUACAAAUCAUAGAUAGUCACAAAAGUCACUUUCAAGCCUAAGGCAGCUUUACGGCUAUACAAUUUUUGGCCCAAAUUUACUGUUCCAAAAAAAGUGGUCUUAGACUACAUAAUAUGAUGAGUUCAUAAUAUGAUGAGGUGGCCAAUGGCAGUGGAACCUUCUAGAAAGUUUCUACUGACUGCUGAGAUGCUCAUGAAAAAUUCAUCAAUAGGACAAUGGCAAAGGAUUAUGCCAAAGUCAGCGAAAGCUACAGAUAUGGCAGUGGCAAUGGAGAAACAUAAGAAUGCGAAAUCUUAAAAAAAAAAAACCUCAUUACAUCAAGGUUUAUCUGAGAAAUUCUAUUUUUCUCUGCAAGUCCAGAUCGAUGAUGUAAGCAAGACAGGUCAUUUUCUUUAAUCACAGGUCUAGGAUUGGAGGAUCUUCGGCAUAGAAAUCUGACAUGAUGAAAACAGAGUGUUAUAUAUUCCAGUCAUGGGGUUCAUCUCAUACACUGUGACAAAUAAUAAUCAUAAAGCUUAUUACUGUGAAUCAUAAAAAGGUCUACAACUUGCUCAACUUUGUGUGAAAACUAUGGAAUCAAGGCUUGUCUUAGCCUUGUGUUCCCUCCUCUCCACACAAAUACACACAAUACACACAAAAGCAUGGAUCUUAGAAUAUCACCGGUCAUAGCGUAAUUGCCAUGGGCAUUUUUUUUAUUUUUUUUUGCCUGAUUUUUUUUUUUCUUUUUGCCUUUUACAAAUCAAUAUCUCGUUAGUCCUUCAGUCUUUCAAUAACAUGCUACGGUAACGAAAAUGAUGUAUACAUUGAAGUUGCAAAAAUCAAUAUUUAGGGCUGCAAAAAAAGUUCUUUACCAUCACGUCAUGUGGGUUUGAAAACAAAGGGUUUAACCACUAUUUUCCUCCAGUGGUUCUGUAUAUCCAUCAAACCUAUAAAACAAUGUGUUUUACUUGUAAUGGUCUGUGAUCCUAUGAUGCUGUUGCUCUGUAUAUUUGAGAAAGAAAAAUGAA